ACUCGCCUCACGAAGCCUUCCUGUCUCCCAAAUCUAGGGUUUUAGGUGUUUCCCUUAUCCUCCGCUUCCUCUGCAAUAAUCUUCUCCGGCAGGAUGAGCAACGAGUUGAACAUGAGCGACCUCACCGCCGCUCUCAACGAAGAGGACCGAGCUGGGCUUGUUACCGCUCUGAAGAACAAGUUGCAGAAUUUGGCUGGACAGCACUCUGAUGUCCUCGAGAACUUGACCCCCAAAAUCAGGAAGCGAGUCGAGGUUCUAAGAGAGAUACAGAAUCAAUAUGAUGAAUUGGAAGCAAAGUUUUUCGAGGAGAGGGCAGCUCUAGAAGCCAAAUACCAGAAGCUAUAUCAGCCUCUAUAUACCAAGCGAUAUGAGAUCGUGAAUGGUGUGGUUGAAGUAGAAGGAGCCCCAGAAGAAGCUAAAGCAGAGGCAGGAGAGGAUAAAGCGGCUGAAGAUAAAGGAGUACCAGAUUUCUGGCUUAUCGCGUUGAAGAACAAUGAAGUGACUGCGGAGGAGAUAACUGAGCGUGAUGAAGGAGCACUCAAGUAUCUCAAAGAUAUUAAGUGGAGCAGGGUUGAAGAACCGAAGGGCUUCAAGCUUGAGUUAUUCUUUGAUCAGAACCCGUAUUUCAAGAACACUGUUUUGACAAAAACUUAUCACAUGAUUGAUGAAGAUGAGCCUAUCCUUGAGAAGGCUAUAGGCACGGAUAUUGAGUGGUAUCCUGGAAAAUGCUUGACUCAGAAGAUUCUGAAGAAGAAGCCUAAGAAGGGAUCAAAGAAUGCAAAGCCGAUAACCAAGACCGAAGACUGUGAAAGCUUCUUCAACUUUUUCAACCCACCUCAAGUUCCUGAUGACGAGGAAGAUCUCGACGAUGAUAUGGCUGAUGAACUUCAAGGCCAAAUGGAACAUGACUAUGACAUUGGAUCUACCAUUAAAGAUAAGAUUAUUCCACAUGCUGUGUCAUGGUUUACGGGUGAAGCUGUCCAGGCAGAUGAGCUUGACAUGGACGAUGAUGAUGAGGAUGACAUUGAUGAGGACGAGGACGAUGAUGAGGAAGAGGACGAGGAUGAUGAGGAGGAAGAUGAAGAGGACGAAGAUGACGAGGAGGAAGCAGAUCAGAGAAAGAAGAGCAAGAAGAAGUUGUCAACAGCCGGGCUUAAGAAGGUAGGAAGAGGUCAGGUCGGAGGUCAGGAGGGUGAGAGGCCACCGGAAUGCAAGCAGCAGUAGAAAGGGUUCUGUUCUUGACGAUGGUGUCUGAAGAUUGAUCCCCAAGAUGGUGUCAUUAUGAAUACAAUCCGGUUAUCAGUUUUGGCUGCUGCUGCUUAUUUUUCUUAUCUUAUUUAUCUUAAAAUUUCUCUCUUGGGUUCGUUCUUGUUCUUGGUUCUAGCCAUGGUGCUCUUUUUUUGCUGUAAUGUCCCCACAUGAAUUGAACUUGGCCUGAGUUAGAGAAAGAGUAUUUGUUGUUCUACUUGGCAUAGUGAGCCCAUCAGAGUUGCUUUAUUUUGGUCCGGUCUUGUAGAUUCGCAAACCGGGAUGGGAAAUUGAAAUUGGUUUGAUUC